UCAAAGAUUAUGGGGAUGAAAGCAACAAGAGAGAUUAAAUAGGCAGAUAAAAAAAUAUUUAAGGAAUGUGUUGUAAAGACGGAUCUAACCAGCACAGCCGGCAAUCAGAAAAGCGCUCAAAGCUAACAUCUAAGAGACUUUUUCUCAGUAAAUCUUGACACCCAAUGCCUAUGUCCUUUAUUUGUCUCUUGUCUAUCUCUUUCUUCUCACCUUUUCUUCCUUAUAAUACCCCCAUCUUUGUGUUUCACUGCACAUUUAAUCUAUCUAUCAAAUUAAUUUCUUAAUUCCUAAUUGGCACUACUUUCCAUGGAAACCAACCAUCAGCAUGAAGAUUCCAAGAGCUCGAGCGAAGAAACCGAUCGGUCGGAGCAAAGCAACGAUGAUGUGGGCAGUGGCCGGUCCUACGAGUGCGUAUUUUGCAAGAGAGGGUUCACGACAGCACAAGCCUUGGGAGGGCAUAUGAAUAUUCACAGAAAAGAUAGAGCCAAGAGCAGUAGGCCUAACUCAGUUCCUAUAGUUUCGGGCAAACUGGAUGAUGAGAAUUACGCAAGCCUUAGAUCGUCUUCUUCAUACCUGCCAAUAAUCCAAAGCUACCAGCCGCAUUACGUAAGUUAUCAAGCUUUUUUCCCAGCUUCAUCAGGUUGGGGUUUCAGACCCCCACACACACCUCACGGGGACGAAUUAUUUGUGGACAAUUCUUCACGGUAUCUAAAUCCGUUUAGAGAGGAGGAUUGGCCUAGGAAUCUUAACUUGCGAAUCGGUCCAUCCCAUGUUGAUGAAAACAAGAAGAUUGAUCAUGGAAGUAGUCAAGAUGAUGAAUUGGAUUUGGAACUUCGAUUAGGUCAUGAUCCGUAGUAUAUUUUUAUAUAAUGUUUCAUAAUAGCUAAUACUAAUAAAUUAAGAAACCUCCUCUCUCUAUAUGUACAGUACAGUAGUUGUGGAUACUCUUUAUGAAGUACUACUAGCUAGGAAGGAUAUAUAUGUUUGCUGAUGUCGAUGGUACAAUACUACAACUACUACAUGAUCAAGUUGUUUCUUCCACAUCGAUAAAUGUAUGAAUUUUGGCCUAUUUUUAUGGCGAUUACGACCGAGAAGACACCAAGUAAGAAGAAUAA